AUGACAAGGCUUGUAAAAUCACGGCGCACACAUCAGAAAUCGCGUUCGGGUUGCAGCAAUUGUAAGCGGAGGCGUAUUAAGUGCGAUGAGAAAAAGCCCAUCUGCACAAAUUGCGCCAACCAUGAGGUCGAAUGUACCUUUUCUGCACGUGGAAGCUCCGAAAUAUCUUCUGCUGCAUCCGGGUCCCUAUCGCCUAGCGAGCAGCGCCCCCGAGAAAAGAAAUACCGCUUCCGAACAUCUCAAUAUACAACGGAGACCUCGGAGCGAACGGUCCAAUCACGACCUUUGAAGAUCAGAGAAGUGCGCCAUAAAGAUGUCGCUACAGAAUCUAGUACGGAAGCCAUCUCAGUGCCUGACCUUCAACUUUUCCAUCACUUCCUCGUCUCCACAAUACCCACCAUAGUUGAUGACGAGCAUGGAUGCGCUGUCUGGCAGAAUCAUGUCGCGCAAUGGGCUUUUGAGUUUCCGUCAAUCUUACAUCUAAUCCUCGCUCUCUCUUCGCUGCACAUGGGCCACGAGAAACCGGCCUUGCGGGACCAAUACCUCCAACAAGCCAACGACCACUUCACAUUCGGAGUCCAAUCCGUCACAGCAGUGCUCUCCGAACUCAAUGCAGACACAUGUCAAAAGGUCUACAUAUCCGCGGUGAUGAUCUGCUUCGCAUACUUUGGCCGAGGACCACAGCCAGGGGAGUAUCUUGUCUUCAGCGACAAUGGUCCCGCGGAAUGGCUGGUGCUCAUGCACGGCGUGAAGUUGAUUCUGGAGUCGCACCAUUCCAAGGUGUUUAGCGGGAUCUUAGAGCCUAGACCAAGCUCGGACACCACGGUCAUAAACCCAUUAAUGCAAAACGAGUUGCAAAAAAAUAUCGCGCAAGUCCAAGGACUUCACCGCCUCGUCAAUCUACAGCAUUCUUGGGACGCGGAAGACCGCGUUAUGUACAUAUCUGCCAUUGACAACCUAGAAUCCACUUUGGAAGAAGUAUACGAGAAACGCUCUCUCCAUAAACCAGCAGUGGGUUUGAUGCACAUUUUGAUAGGAUGGUUGUAUCGACUUCCUCGGGACUUCGUGGCACAGUUGGAACGGAAGGAUCCGUUAGCGCUGGUGAUACUUGCGCAUUGGGCUGGCUUGUUGAAGUAUAUGGAGUCUGUGUGGUUUAUGAAGGAGUGGGGGAAGCAUGUGCUGAAUGGGGUUUGUGCGUUCUUGCCGGCGGAUUUAUGGGGGUGGAUUGAGUGGCCGAUGGAGCGUGUGCAGGUGGAAUAA